AUGGGUUCAGGUGGAAGCACAGAGGCGACGAAUCAACAUGAAAAAGGGGGGACCGUACAGCGGAACGAACCCAGGAGGGAGACAGGGCGUGAGGGACAAAAUAACCUUAGGGUAAGGAAUGACUCCCCAGUGAACAAUAACACCCCUCGGAAUGCCAAAACAAAAUUCAUCGUCAAAAAAGACGACAGUGUUGACUUAACGAACGAUCUAAACUUGGAUUCCUCUUGGAAUAAUGACUCCAAAACGUUCCAGAAUAAUAAUCAGGAAAAGCAAUAUAAUGACUAUAAUAGCAAACAGAAAACUUCCUUGCCACCCCGACUCCCCGACCCCCCUGUAGAGGACCUACCGGAGACGUACGCUCAGAGGGGGUUCCGGGAACAGUACCGACCCAACGACCUCCUCCGACAGAAGACCAUCUACAGGGACCCGGACGAGUGGGAGCUUCCGGAAAAACGUGAAAGUGUUGGGAGUUUCGAUGUUUCAAAGUUUAAAGCUGCCAACGCCAAUGUACAGUCACAACAAAAGAGAGAAAUAUUUACUAUGACACCAGAUUAUACUAGGAAUACACGUCAAUCGGAAAAUGCAGACGAUUUGUACCGAACUCCAACUUAUCAGAAACAAAAAAGUGUCCCAAAGUAUGAUAUUUCAGAAGAAGAAUUAAUGGCAGAUAUAGAAAGAGGGUACAUAUAAACGUUUGUUUUCCCUGUCCUAAAAUAUAUAAUUGGAAUAAUACCACCUUGCCAAGUUGUUAACAUACAGUUCAAAAAUCCGAAAGUUGGUCAGAUGGAGAAAGACACGACAACAGUGAUUUGAAAGAACAUUUACAAAAAGAUAUCUGUGAUUUUUAUGAAGUCAUUUUUAUGUUUAUUCAAAAACACUUGUUUAAAACACAUUGUGUUUACUGAAAGAUAUUGCACAUUGAUUCGAUU